AUGGACAUCGACCUGCUGAACCCGGAUCUGAAGGAGGAGAAGUCAAAGCACAAGCUGAAGCGCAUGAUCCAGUCUCCCAACAGCUUCUUCAUGGACGUGAAAUGCCCUGGCUGCCUCCAGAUCACCACCGUCUUCAGCCAUGCGCAGACCGUUGUCCUUUGCGGCAACUGCAACGUGAUGCUUUGUCAGCCGACGGGUGGCCUCGCGCGACUGACCGAGGGCUGCUCCUUCCGAAGGAAAACCGACUGA